GUACCAUUCUUCUUCUUCUUCUUCUUCAGCAUAUACGGUUUGGGGGUUUUGUCUUUCUUCAAGUUCUUCGGCGGGUGGUUUAAUAUCAGUCGAUCGCCGACUGACACAGUUUACGGUUUGAUUUUUUUUUUAAUCGACGGUACACGGUCGAAUUACGCGGUAGUUUAUUGAUUCAGUAAGUCGUUUUUUUUUUUUCGGUCGCGUUUUAUUGACUAUUAAAGUGAGUUCAAGAAGUAUCGGGAUGAUGUUUUGGAGUGGUGGAACUUCCCAGAUUUGGACAAUCUUAUGUUGCGUACUACAAAGCCAAUUUGCCGCUUCGAUAAUACAGUAUCAACCAGUUGAAUUAACGGGAAACGGAGAUAAUGAUUGCGCAUUGUUGUUAAAUGGACCAGGUAGAAGUAGUCACUUUGAUUACCAGUACAAUUUGCUAAGAGGAAGCACCUUGGACUACAAUGGACCACAUACUUGUAUUACAUACGCAGCAGUUAAUGCCGCAUAUUUAGAUGCCAGGAAAAGAGUUCUUGUGGCUCAACCCCAUGGAGAUUGGAAGGCAGAAGAUGUGGCGAGUGUCGGAGAGCUUCUGAUGGAUAUCUCAAUUAAUUUAGCUAGAACAUAUGGUCUAUCAUAUGAAGAUAUUGAGAAAGGUUUACCACUGAUUGAUACAAGUAAAACUUUAAUUCGUGAAGUUUGCCCUCCAUACUUAUCCAAUGUAGAAUGUCGGGCAGGAAAAUAUAGGAGAUUAGAUGGACUUUGCACAAAUUUGGAACAUCCUACAUGGGGUGCAACUAAUACACCUUUUACGAGACUUUUGGGUCCACUUUAUGCCGACGGUAUGUCAGAUCCCCGUAUCAGUUUAACAGGCAGACAUUUGCCAGGUUCGCGUAUUGUCUCGCGUACCAUGCACCCAGAUCAAGGUUUCCAUGAUCAUGCCGGUACUGUCAUGAUUAUUGCCUGGGGCCAAUUCAUGGAUCAUGAUUACACUUUAACUGGUACACCUUUAGAUCCUUUCAACAGAAACGACCCAGAAGAAUGUUGCGGAAAACCACAACACUUGAAGCAUCCGUAUUGCAACGAAAUUCCCAUUCCAGAUGACGAUUAUUUUUAUAAUCAUUACAAUGUACGUUGCAUCAACUUUAUUAGAUCGUUCCCCGCAGCUCGGCCCGGAUGUCGUCUAGGCUCUAAGACUCCUUUCAAUACUCUUACUGGUGUAUUAGAUGGUAACACUGUUUAUGGAGUGACUGAACACCAUGGAAGAAAACUACGUGAAGGACACGCUGGUCUUUUAAGAAUGAACUCAGCAUUUGCGGAAUAUGGACUGAAAGAUCUUUUGCCUUUGAAACUAGAUAUUCCUGAUGAAGGUUGCACUAGGCCUAACGCUAGCAUGUAUUGUUUUGAAGCAGGAGAAAUCAGAGUGAAUGAGCAGCUAGUUCUCACAGUAAUGCAUACUCUCAUGGCUAGGGAACAUAAUAGGGUAGCAAGAGAAUUAGCCUUAGUAAAUCCUCACUGGGACGAUGAAACUCUCUACCAAGAAGCAAGAAGAAUUAAUAUUGCCAUUAUCCAGCACAUAACUUAUAACGAAUUUCUGCCUAUAUUACUAGGAAAAGAUGUUAUGGAGAAGUUCGGAAUACUUUUGCAUAAAGAUGGUUAUUGGAAUGGAUAUGACAACGACGUAAAUCCCAACGUAAUUGAUGCAUUUGCAGCUGCAGCUUACCGAUUCGGUCACUCACUCUUACCCACAGCUGUAGAGAGGUGGAGUAAAGCACAUAAAUUUAUUGCCUCAAAGCGACUAUCGGACCUAAUUAGAAGACCCUACGACCUAUAUAGAGCGGGAGUCUUAGAUGAAUACAUUAUGGGUCUAAUGAACCAGGUAGCUCAAGCUAUGGACGAUUCGAUUACACAAGAAGUUACAAAUCAUCUCUUCAAAAAAGUAGGAGCCAGAUUCGGUAUGGAUCUGGUCAGUUUUAAUAUGCAACGAGGCAGAGAGUUUGGAUUGCCUGGCUAUAUGGAGUUCAGAAAUUUCUGCGGUUUACCUGUUGGAGAUACUUUUGAAGACAUGUUUGGGUCUAUGCCUAAUGAGACUGUGGCGAAAUAUGCAUCGAUUUUCGAACAUCCUGGAGAUAUAGAUUUAUGGUCAGGUGGUGUAUGUGAACGUCCAUUACCUGGAAGCAUGCUAGGGCCUACAUUUGCCUGUAUUAUAGCGACACAAUUCAGUUACUCUAGAAGGGGUGACAGAUUCUGGUACGAAUUGCCAAAUCAACCAUCUUCAUUCACUUUGGAACAAUUAGAAGAAAUUCGUAAAGCUAGACUAGCCAGGGUAAUAUGCGACAAUACAGAUCUUAUUGAUACGAUUCAGCUUUAUCCUAUGGUAUUGCCAGAUCACGAACUAAAUCCAAGAGUACCCUGUAAAAGCCAAGUGAUACCCAGUAUGGACUUUUCAAAAUGGGCUGAAUUUCCGCACCAAUCAUUCUUCGAUCCUUUGGGAAAAAAAUAGUAAAAAUAGAAUAUAAUUGAUUGCCAUAGCAGAAUUAUUAUUUAUUCUUAGUGAAAAAGAAAAACUGUGCGAGUAUGAAUGUGAAAAUUGCAAAAAGUUUAUUAUGAAAAGGUUUUGUGCCAUAAGACUAAGCAGAAAUUAACGGUUUAUGUAUCUCCUUGUCCCUGUCGCAAGAAUCAGGAAUUCCAAUUUUGCGGCUUAGUUAUAAGAGUCAUUUCCUGCCCUACUCUAUUUAUUAAGCCCAUAUGCUUAACCUCAAUUACCAUUAUUGCAAUUUUCACAUAAAAAGUGUAAAUAUUUAGGUUAUUUAAUAUAUUUUAUCAUAAAUGUUGUAUCAUGACCAUUUUCACCUAUGCCUCAUAAAAGUUGUUUAAUUU